AUGCCGAUGAUCAGCUGCUGCCACCAGCUCAAGCCUCCGUCUGCGCCCCUUCACCUCCAGCCGGCCGGCACCGGCUCACGGGCGCCCGCCCAUCUCCCUGCGCUGCGCCGGGCGUGCUUCGCGGCGGCGGCGUGCGUGCUGGCCGUCGGCGCGAUGGGCGCGGUCGACGGCGCGGCCAUGGCGCGGGGACCUGCCGACGACGGCGCGGCGCACGGGGCGGCGCUGGUGCGCGCGCAGGCGCCCGCGCGGUGGAGCGACCGGAGGCAGUGCCCGCCGUGGCACGCCAACUCGCUGGAGAACGUGGUGCCGGAGAACCUGCCACGGCCGUCCGCGCGCCGGAGGUACAACGGCGUCGCGGCCGCCGACAAGGCGCGUGCGCCCGCGCCCGCGGCGUCGCCCGACGCCGUGCUCCCGUUCCUGGCGCUCCGCUCCGGCUCCGGCAUGGGCUGCUUCUCCCUCUGAAUUAAUCUAGCUAGGUGAUGUAAAUUGUAAUUAAGGGGGUGAUUAGACUAGCUGAUUAAUUAGCUUAGCUUGUAGAAGAAAAUAAGCUCUUAUAUUGGUGAGAGCUGGGGGUACAUACGACCAACAUAUUGUUUUAUCUGUAUUUUCAAUUCAUUGCUCGAAAAAGAGCUAGUAUUAAUCAUUAUAUAUCUGGCAUUUUGUUGGCUA